AAACAGUUUCGAAGCGUCCGCUAAAGUGGGCUUUGGGCAGUCCUGUUCGAGACGUUGCAGGGAAAUUACGGAGUCAGCAAGUGCCUGCCUUGCUGGUUUCGACGGUCGAGUGUUCCCGCGCACGCCGGUUUUGCAGUUCGCAAUCAGUCGGUGCGGCGCGUGUCGUUACAGUAGAGGUGUUGUGAUUGGUGUGCGACAACGUCUUGAAGCCAUGUGUGCAGUUAGAUCAGCUGGUUACAUCGUCUAACACAGGUUUGCCGCGGAGUGCCAGGCAGCAACAUCACAAUGUCUCAAGUGCCUGCACGAGACGAACCAGAUGGGAGCCAGACUUCUGUUCACUUCCAACAAUCACCUCGCCCAGAGGCGGAUCAGACAGGGGCCACGGGGCCGGCCCAGGGGUCCCCGAGGAGGAUACACUGGCAGCACAGCAUCAGCAACGUGUCGGAGAGCUGGAAGCAGUGCCCGGACACGCCGUGCCAGGCGGGGCGCGGCCAGGGGCGGCCUUGCUUGCUGGCAGCGUUCGUGGCGCUGGGCGCCGGGCUGCUGGUGCUGCUGGUGGUGGCCAUCACGAGCGGCUCCUCAGACAAGAAGUACUCAUGGAAACAUUCAAUAAAUAAAGAUGAAAAUUCGAGCAUCCAUGACAUGGAAUUCAAGACUUUACAUGACUUUGAUGAUUCCGUUCUUCAAGUACUGGAAGCAGAUGACAGUGAUGCGAUGACUUCCGAGGGAAAAUCAAAUGUGCCCAUACAGAAUUCAAUAGAGAGAGCAGAGAACGUGAAGACUGAUGCCAAGUACAACUACGACAAGCAAAUAAAACGUUACAAACGAUUCUCCAGCAGUGCCAAACAUUCAAGGCUAAGUAAAGUGAGGUCCGUUAACAAAUUGAAUUCACUUUCAGGGUUACCACUCGUGAAUAAGUCGUGUGAAAAUAACUGCAGAAACGGAUCUUUUCUUGAACAUCAGAACGAAACUAAGGAAAAGUCAAAUGCAGUUGUUACCAUUCAUCACAACGAUAUGGGGAAGCUCUUGAACGAGGAAGUGCUGAAUAGUACUUCGUUGGAUGGUAAAGGAAUGUUAAACGAGGAUGUGGAAGAAGCUAUAAAAGUCAUGAAAGAAUCUCUUCAGCAUCUACGGAAUCUCCUAAGAUAUGUGAAUGUUCAUUUACAAUAUUUUACAGGGCUAGAUGAGACAUUGGAACACUUGAAAAAGGAAAUGGAAGCAAUGUCGCUCAUGACAGAUGGAUUCAGUGCAAGGUUCGGUAGAGACACGGGAAGCAGCUGUAAAGAUUCUCUCCUGGAGUUACAAAGAAAAAUGGACAAACUGCGAAAUGAGGUGAACAACUUGUACCAAGAUCUUAUUUGCAUGAAUAUUUACCAAACUGGGAAGACAAUGAACGCAUCUAUCCAAUCAAUUAUAAAGUGCUCAAUUAAUGUGUCGCUACAGAUUGAUGCAAAGACGACCAUUCCUGGUUUCACUACGGUACACAAGCAGUCUAGCGAGGCAGAUGUGCAAAAGAGUUCCGCUGAUGCAGCUGGAGAUAGUCUUAGGCAGUUGGUUGCAAUGAUUAAAAAUCAGACACAGGCAUCUAAUACCACACAGCAGCCUUGGGACAUUUCCGAUGCAAAUACUACGGCAAGUGAACUGAAGGACUUAGCAGCCAUUGCUCAGUCUUCUGGGACAUCUGCUUUAACUGCUGCCAACUCUUCAGAUGUAGAGAUUAGUGUUACGGAUAGUAAGAAGGAAAGUCCAGAAACUGCAAGCACGUCACUUGGAACAUCUUCAGCUCAUUCUUCGAAAACUUCAACCAGUGCAAACAGCGCUGCUCCUGGCACUGAAGUGGUUUUUGGAAACACUACAUCUAGAUUUCCUUCGGAUAUCAAACAUGUUACUGUAAACAGCAUAGCCAACUCGUCUUCUGACAGAAUUUCAUCUACUUCUCCAGGUAACACAACUGAUACUUUAUCUUACAACACAAAUUUGAUUAAUAUUACCGGCACAAAGAGUCAGAAAGGAAUUACAAGGCCUGCAAGCAACAAUGAUAACAUUUCUGACCUCAUUGCCGGUAGUGGUGAUGGCACACAAUCUCAGAAUGUAGUAUAUCCGUUUGCUCCUGUUGAGACUUCUAAUGCUGUUCGUGACAUUGAAAAUACCUCUAAAAUCGGUGACAAUGUGUUCUCUAACACUACAGAAUUCUCUACUGAAAUUCACAAUGAAACUGGUGUUUCAAUUGCAGUUGGCAUCAUAGAUAGUUCUGUUGUCAGCACUGCAAAUUAUUCUAGCCUCAUUGGCAGUCCUAACCCUUUGAGUUUUGAGAGUACAACGUUUCCGGUUCCUCCAAGCGAGACUAAUAUUAUUGCUGCUGGUAACGCUGACAAUACUUCAAUAGUUGGUAGCCAUUUUGAUGUGCUUCCUAAGACUACUGAAAUUUUGACUCUCAAUAACAGUGGUGUGAAUGUCAUUGACAGAACUUCUAAUGUGUCUACCACAGCAAGAAGUCCUAAUGCUGAAGCAUCAUCUGACAGCUAUGGCAACAAUUCGAUGGAUGCUAUUAGUUAUUUAAAUGCUACGAGCCCUCCUUCAGUUGGUAAGCAUACUCUCGGCAUUGCCAGCACAAAGAAAAGGUCUGCAGACAGCAAAAUAACUUCUGACAACACUACUGCUGUCAACUUUCCUCAGAUUACUGAUUUUCGCAGUACUCAAACAACUCCAACAAUUUUUUUGUCUACUAACAGUAACAGCUUCAACAGUACAAACAUAAUGUCAAAUGUUAAUUACAAUAAUAACAGCAUGGAAAAUACCAUCAGUACUACAGACAAAGAUAAAAAUUCAGCGAUCUUAAGCAUUACUGAAGGUAAUGUCUCGCAUCAGCAUAAUACAUGGGAACUCGGUGAGAACUCUUCAAAUGAAAACAAAAUUUACAAUAGCACAAGUUUGGAACAAUUUGAUGUUGCCACUAAUAAUUAUUUCUCUAACAAAUCCACAAUGCAGGUCACAGAACUGCCAAAAUCUCGAAAUUCGUUACAAAUUCACUCAUCAACAGAAGAAUCCAAAGUUGUAAACACUGAACAGGUGAAAGUUAAUUUGAACAAUAGUGUAACAGUUCCAAAAACAGAUACUUUUCAUAAUGCAACACAAAUCAUUGAAGGCGGCACAACCUUACCUUUGCUAACUCCAAGUAACGGCUUCUUGUCACCAGCAGGAACAAUAUCCUCUCUUUCCUCCUUGAAUGUUACUUUGAGUGAUUACACGCACAUUACCGUAACAGAAGUUAGUCCUAUAUCUGAAAAUAUACGAGCUGGAAAUUGGAAUACAAUGCCAUACAAAAGCAACAAUUCAGAAAAACUUUCUUCGGCCAGUACAGAAACGAAUAAAUUCGACUUGGAUGAUUCAUCUCUAAUCACCACUGAUUCAGUAUUAUCUCCCACUGAAAUGUACAGAGAAGAAUUUGAAAAUAGAGUAAGUAAUGGUAGUAAAUUAAUUGCAGAGUCAAUGAUAAAAAACUCUAAUGAAAAAAAUAAUUUGUCUGAAUCUUCGAGUGUCUGGUCGGACGAAAGUAAGACCAAACCAAUCCAGAACAUGUCGCAGAGAGUGGAUGCGUCUGCGAAUGAAGCGAAAACCGCAGAUGGCCGCAUAGUCCACGGUCCGGGCAGGAACACCACCCCAAACCCGUCGACGCGCCGGUUCAUCGUGGCCCCGGAGGUGCAAAACCCCGGCGAGAUACGGGUGACCUCGGUGGGCGAGACCCCGGCGUCCCCGGUGCAGCAGAACGUCUACAAGCUCAACGUGUUCCCGCAGAUCUGGAGUCCCUGCCCGGUCUCGGUCUACUGGUACGGUGUCGGCGGGCCGGCCUUCGCCGCCGGCGGGAAGGAGUUCACCUUCCCCAGCCAGGGCAGCGUGUUCGACCUGCCCGCCCCGGGUCUCGCUCAGCCCCCGCGCUUCCCGCCCUACCCCUACCAGCCCCAGCUGCUCCACCCCUACCAGCCGUACCCGUACCCCUACCACCCGUACCCGUAUCCGCUCGCCUACGCUCAGCAAGCAUACCCCCACCUGCCGCAGCACUGGCUCCGACACAAGCCCCAGCCUCCCUACCUCCCCCAGAACGCUCGGGAGGGAGCUCCCGACCUGCUCGCCCAGCAGUCCAGGGAGUUCCCGGGCAACCACCAUCCGUACCUGUGUGGCUACUCCCUCGCCCCUGCGGAGUUCCCGAGUGUCGUGGGGCUGGACGACAGUGGCCCGAGGCACGCCAACACCACGUCCUCCAGCAAAAUGGAAAUGCAGCACAAAGUAAAUGAAAUGGUACCCAAGGAGACUAAUAUCACGGACACAUUUGAUUGGUCAAAUGUACCUGCUAGUCGACAGUUUGAAGACGUGUGUCCCACGGACCAGGUGGCUUGCUCGGAGGACGGCAAGUGCAUCCUGGCCAGCGAGUGGUGCGACGGCACGGUGAACUGUGUGGUGGACGCCAGCGACGAGCGCAGCUGCACCUGUCGGCAGCACGUCGACGGCGAGAAGAUAUGCGACGGCUUCUUCGACUGUCCUCAAGGCGAAGAUGAACUCGGCUGUUUCGGCUGCGACGCGCAGUCGUUCAGCUGCGACGACUGGAGUGUCCACCAGCUGCAGGCGACGUGCGUGCCCGUGGAGAAGCGCUGCGAUGGCGUGCGGCACUGCCGCAACGGCAAGGAUGAGCUGGACUGCGCCCUGCUGGCGGACGCCAUGGUUCAGCCGGAGAAUUUCUUUAUUUCGUACGCGGAGGGCUUUCUUCACCGGAACUGGCGAGGGGCGUGGUACCCGGUCUGCUCGUUCGACAAGGUGUGGGUGGAGGCCGCCUGCGAUGCAGACGCUGGUGUCCGUGACAGGCACCUGGAUCACGUGGAGCUGCGCCCCUUGCCCCAGGCCUACAACGGGGUGUUCAUAGCGCCCCACCCGUACGGACGCGUCAACUUCAUCCACACCUGCAAUGGAUACACCUCGUACGUCAUUUGUGCCCCUGUGAUGUGCGGGACGCGCGUGCCCUCUGCAGGCGGCGAGGAAAUAGUGCCGGAGGCUAUGGUGCACAAGAAACGCCAAACAUCCCCGCCGCGGGGAAACGGCACGGUGGGGAACGCUCAUUUUCCAGAUAAUGAUGUUGGCAGCAAAUAUGCGGGUGCACGCAUCCCGUCAAAGCGGAACGUGGUCCCGAAGAUUUGGGAUGAAAAUUACGGAGACGAACCCAUUCAAUUGGAACCGAAUACUGGAAAAAAGAUUUUAGGUCUCGUUUAUGGAGAAAAACUCGUUCCAUCAAAGCUGAACCGAGGCCAUGAUCUCAAUAAUGAAGACAGACCCAGUACAUCAAAACUGGAUGUGAGCCGAAAGGUUUUGUCUCACCCUGCAAGUAGCGGAGCGAGCCCGGCGCUCUCUGGCGUGAAGCAGCGGCGCGCGGACCGUGCUGAAGAAGGGCGUGUGGUCGGCGGGGAGGCCAGCCGGCCCGGGUCGUGGCCCUGGGUGGUGGCCCUGUACAAGGACGGCCUCUUCCACUGCGGAGGGGUGAUCCUCACCCCGACAUGGGUCAUGACUGCCGCGCACUGCGUGGACCGGUUCAGCGGCGCGUACUUCGAGGUGCAGGCGGGCAUGCUGCGCCGCCUGUCCUUCUCCCCGUCCCACCAGAGCCGUGCCGUGGCCAGCGUCGUGCUGCACGGCCGCUACGGCCGCACGGACAUGAGGAACGACGUGGCGCUGGUGCAGCUGGACCGGCCGCUCAAGUUCAACCGCUGGGUGCGGCAGAUCUGCCUGCCGCGCGACAGCCCCAAGCCCGACACGGUGUGCACCGCCGUGGGCUGGGGGGCCCUGCGCGAGCACGGACCUGAUCCCGACCACCUGAGGCAAGUCGAGGUGCCGAUAUCGGUGACGUGCAAGCACAAGAUGGAUCAGGAUGGACUGGAAAUAUGCGCCGGUGUGGUUGAGGGCGGCAGGGAUUCCUGUCAGGGGGACAGCGGGGGACCACUGCUCUGCAGGGAUUCAAUGAAUGCCAAUCUCUGGUACGUUGCCGGCAUUGUCAGCCACGGGGAAGGCUGUGCACGACCAAAUGAGCCAGGGGCUUACACCCGUGUUUCCCUCUUCAACAACUGGAUACACACCACGAUGAGAAAGCCUCCCAAGGGCGAGGACCGUCAUCCGAGAAGAAAAUGUCCCGGCAUGCACUGUUCCGUAGGCCACGGCUGCUUGCCCCAGCACAAGAUGUGUGAUGGUGUCGUGGACUGUCUUGGCGCGGAGGAUGAGAUAGAGUGCAUGUCGGCCAAUAGCAUAGCCAGAUAUGAUAAAUCAGAGUCCAGCGGUAAAACUUCCUCGGAAGCACAAAUGCAAAUUAGUCCUACGGAAGAACAUGGAAUGUCGCAUCAUCUGGAACAAACAAGCGGGUCGGUGGAAAAACCAGAAUAUGCAAGUCAAGUCUGUGGGCAAGAGAAAGUAUUAGACUACCAACAGUGUAAAAAGUUUCUUAAAACUGAAGAACGUGAAAAUAAACUUAACCUUGGUGGAUCUGUAAAUGUGAGCAACACUUCGGACUACACAUUUGUAACUUCAGACAUAAUGUUGGUUAAUUUACCUCUCUUCGACCAUACUUCUCAGUCUCUCAAUGAAGAUUUAGAUACUAAUUUAAAAAUUACUACUGAAAGUGUAGAUACUACUAAACUAUGGGUAGAAUCUACUAUUGAUUCUAUGAAACGUGAUACUCCCAUGAUUCAGUCUUCAAAUGAAAAUCUUUCUUACUUGACACUAUACAAUUUAUCAUCUCCUAUUGUAACAAUGGAAAAUUCUAGUAAUGCAGAUUCUACACGAACCACUCAUUCUACCACUGAAUCAAAUUUAUCAUCUGAUGGUGGUAUUUCUCAAAAUACUAAAAUAUCAGAUUCUAAAAUAGCUUCUUUAAACAGUGUCAUAUUAGCUACCAAAUCAACCACUCCAAUUAAUUUUUCGCACUGGAUUGCUUCAGACUCUCAAAUAGCUUUAUCCUCUUCAGGCUCUACUGAAAUAUCAUCACUCUAUGGCAAUGUUGUGCCAUCAUCCAUCCCACCACUUACUACAUCAUCCACUAAUAUUUCAAUAUUGCAGAGAUUUACAUCUGGCAUGACCACUAUUCCAAAUACUACCACACCUAACUUGAAAACUAUUUCAACUAAGUCAACCACUAGCUCGAAAACAGUUUCAAUUACAUCCUUGCCAAACUCUAUAAAUGUUCCAACAAUGUCCACACCUGAUGCAACAACCGUUCCAACAACUAAAGCCACGCCUGGAUCGACAACCGUUUCAACAACUAAAGCCACGCCUGGAUCGACAACCGUUUCAACAACUAAAGCCACGCCUGGAUCGACAACCGUUCCAACGACUAUGACCACGCCUGGAUCGACAACCGUUCCAACGACUACGACCACGCCUGGAUCGACAACCGUUCCAACGACUACGACCACGCCUGGAUCGACAACCGUUCCAACGACUACGACCACGCCUGGAUCGACAACCGUUCCAACGACUACGACCACGCCUGGAUCGACAACUGUUCCAACGACUACGACCACGCCUGGAUCGACAACUGUUCCAACGACUACGACCAUGCCUGGAUCGACAACUGUUCCAACGACUACGUCCACGCCUGGAUCGACAACUGUUCCAACGACUACGUCCACGCCUGGAUCGACAACUGUUCCAACGACUACGACCACGCCUGGAUCGACAACUGUUCCAACGACUACGACCACGCCUGGAUCGACAACUGUUCCAACGACUACGACCACGCCUGGAUCGACAACUGUUCCAACGACUACGACCACGCCUGGAUCGACAACUGUUCCAACGACUACGUCCACGCCUGGAUCGACAACUGUUCCAACGACUACGUCCACGCCUGGAUCGACAACUGUUCCAACGACUACGACCACGCCUGGAUCGACAACUGUUCCAACGACUACGACCACGCCUGGAUCGACAACUGUUCCAACGACUACGACCACGCCUGGAUCGACAACUGUUCCAACGACUACGACCACGCCUGGAUCGACAACUGUUCCAACGACUACGACCACGCCUGGAUCGACAACUGUUCCAACGACUACGACCACGCCUGGAUCGACAACUGUUCCAACGACUACGACCACGCCUGGAUCGACAACUGUUCCAACGACUACGACCACGCCUGGAUCGACAACUGUUCCAACGACUACGACCACGCCUGGAUCGACAACUGUUCCAACGACUACGACCACGCCUGGAUCGACAACUGUUCCAACGACUACGACCACGCCUGGAUCCACAACUGUUCCAACGACUACGACCACGCCUGGAUCCACAACUGUUCCAACGACUACGACCACGCCUGGAUCGACAACUGUUCCAACGACUACGACCACGCCUGGAUCGACAACUGUUCCUACGACUACGUCCACGCCUACGCCUGGAUCGACAACUGCUCCAACGACUACGUCCUUGUCUGGCUCGCUUUUUGUAACAGAUGAUCUCGAUUUCUUUGAAACUACCACAGAAUCUCAAUUGAUGAAUGAUGACACACUUCCUUUACAGAUUGUUACGAACAUGUUAAGUAAACAAACUAGUAAGAUUCCUGCAGCAGCAACAACUGUCUCUCCGAGUCAACACACUGUUGCAAGUGAGGACGUUUUGGCAGUUACUUCCGGUUUUUACGUGCCCGCUAGCAGAGUUACUGCAGAUGGCUCAAGAACAAAGGCAGCAUCUACAUCUGAAGCACCUCUGACUACCACCCCUUCUCCAGUGACGGUUACUAAUGCUGUAGUUACCGCCAUUACCCUCCCACCUCCAGUAGAAGCACUUCCAGCCAACUACUUGCACGUCAAAGAGAAAACAUUCGCUUGCACCACAAUCAGUCAACAGAUCCUUGCGUCCCGUCGUUGUGAUAAGACUCUGGACUGUGAAGAUGGCUCGGAUGAGGCUAACUGUACGUGUCGAGACUAUCUCCUUCACAGCCACCCGGAAGUCUUGUGCAACGGUGAAACCGACUGCCGUAAUCAAUCAGAUGAGGAUAACUGUAGCAUGUGUGAGGAAGAAGAAUUCUUCUGUUUCCAGAGUGGCCAUUGUAUCCCAGAAGAGUUGGUGUGUGACCAUAAGCCAAAUUGCAAAGGUGGAGAAGAUGAGAUGAAUUGCUUUACCCUCACUGAUGGUUCGGUCGUCGUGGUUGACCUGGACGGACGGCCGCACCUCAGCCGACAAGGUAUCAUUGCCUACAGCUACGUGGGCGACUGGUGGCCACUGUGCGACGAUGGCUUGCAAGAGUUCUCCAGAGUGGCCACUGCCCUGUGUUUCUACCUUGGAUUCAGUGGCUACGAGAAUUUCAAAGUGCAGCCCAUGCGGAACAGACGGUUGAAGGCCGUGCUGUCUGCCUCUGGCGCGGAACAGAAGCUCAGCCACCACAAGCGCGCCGCCCGCAGGCCGCGUCGCAACCACCCGUGCCAGGCCCUGAACGUCACCUGCGCCCCACAGCUGAGCGCCACGUUCAGGCUGGCGGGCCCGCGCCGUCCCGGCACGGAGCACCACUGGCCGUGGCACGUCGCCGUGUACGUCGGCGGCAGCUACAAGUGCUCGGCGGCUCUGCUCGGCCGGAGCUGGCUGCUCGCUUCCAGCGACUGCGUCCGCGACUCCGAUGUGUACAGGGAUUACGUAGCGGUCAGGAUCGGGGCCACCCGGCCAGAAUUGCCGCUGACUUCCAUGUGGGAGCAAGUUUCGAGAGUGGACGAUGCCAAGACUGUUUCUCCGCAUGUGUCUCUGCUGCACUUGGAGACACCGGCCAACUUCACACGAUACGUGCAGCCCUUAACACUGCCUGAAGGGUACCCUCAGAUCCAGAACGCCAAGGUUUGUGUGACUGUCGGCCUGGACUCUGGGAACGCUGUGAGAGCGGUCUAUGUGAAGGCAGCCCAGCUUGUGUACUCGGAUUUUGCCAGUGGCGAGAUUUACUUAUCAGAAGAAAACAAAGGGGAGCCUUGCACUCAGGACUCCAACCCGAGGCCGUGGACCAGUGUCGUCUCGUGUCAGCACAAGGGGGAGUGGUACCCCGCUGGCGUGGUCCAUCAGGUGGAUGGCUUGUGCGCUCUCAGGUCGAGCACUCUAGGCCACGAGACUGUGCGUCUGCGUCUGCACAUCCGGGAGGUCAUCGAAAACAACGCUGCAGUGAGCCCCAUCACACCUCCUUUCUGUGACGGGUUUCGUUGCCCUCUGGGACCGUGCCUCGGCACAAAAGAUAUGUGCAAUGGGAUCUGGGAUUGCUACGACGGCAGCGACGAGAAUCCGGACUUUUGUAAGUCCUGGAAGGAUGAGUGCACCACUGUGAACAGUCUCUCUGCCUGCAGCUGCGGAGCCGGGGAGCUGCGCUGCGGCGACGGGCGCUGCCUCCCCAAGUCCGGGUUCUGCGACGGCGUGCGGGGGUGUCGGGACGGCAGCGACGAGCCGGGCGGCUGCCGGUGCGGGGACUACCUGCGGCUGGCCGCGCCCCACCUCGUCUGCGACGGCCGCUGGAACUGCAUGGACAAGAGCGACGAGCGCGGCUGCGGCUGCCACGGCAACAGCUUCGCCUGCAAAAGCUCUGGCCAGUGCAUUGCCCAAGAGUUUGUGUGUGAUAACGAGUUAGAUUGCCCAGAUGGAGAAGAUGAACAAUAUUGCAUGGCUCUCAAAAAACAUGGAAUUGUGAAUAGCGGAACCGUGAUGAUGUGUUCUUCUGGCGUUUGGUACACGUACUGUGCGCCGGAGGUUACGCAGCCUCAGUUGGAUUCGUUCUGCAGGGCGCUAGGCCUGACCCACGCCACCCGACUCGAAGAGGAGAAUCUCAACGGCGACAAGAUCUUGGUUCCUGUCGAGGAUCCGUUCACGUCCGUGGUGUUGAACAACCGCACCACGUUCAUGAUGCGCGGAACCAGCAGGCAACUCGUAACGCUCGUCGAAGGCUCCCGCGCAUCUUGUGUUCCGUUGAAAGUCAACUGUUCAUCGUGAAACGCCAAAGCCGCCUGAUAUUUUUUUUUCUACUGUACAUAGUUAGCAGAGGAUGAUUUGCCAGACUAGUCUUUUUUGUCUGUAAGUCGCAUAAUUUUCUGCAUCAGUUAAUGUAACAUAUUGUAUUAAACAUGUAAGUAAAUCUUUUUAUACGGACUGAAGUCAUAAAAAAUAUAACUAG